AUGGAUCCAUCAUGCCAGACUCAGUACUGGAGACUGUACCUGUUGACUCUGGUGCUGGGAAUCGGGGGAUCAUUCCAGUAUGGCAUCCACGUUUCCAUCAUGGCAUCGCCUGCUGAGGCCUUUAUAAUUGACCGUGUGGGCCGCAAGAAGCUGAUGGGCUAUGGCUAUCUCCUGAUGGGCAUUGUCAUGUCUGUGUUGAUCGGCAUGUUGACUAUCAAGGAUCAAUAUGAUUGGGUUCCUUACGUCAACAUCGCACUCAUCUUCUCCAUCAUCUGUGUCUAUGGCCUGGGGCCGUCGGGGGUGUCCAUGUGCCUACCUGCUGACCUCUUCCUGCAGGCCUGGCGUCCGUCAGCCUACGUGGUCAGCGGCACAGUCAACUGGCUCAGCCUCUUCUUAAUUAGCAUGCUCUUCCCCUACAUUGUGGAGGGAUUGGGACAGUACUGCUUCUUGAUAUUCGUGGCCUACUGCAUCUUCAGCGCAGCCUUUAUGUUAUAUUUUAUCCCAGAGACAAAAGGAAAAACCAUGGUGGAGAUCACAGAAGACUUCAACAAAUUAAACUUUAAGAACAGGGGCACUGACAUUGCGAAUGGAGAUGUGCUAGCAACACAGUUGUAGAGGACUGUGUGUGGAAUGGAUGUACUAUGUACGUAUGCCCUAUCUAUAUCCCUGAAACGUGGAGCGGGGAUGUAAUGGUUUUGUGUGUGCCUCGUCCGCCACUGCUGCGUAAGAUCUUUCGUGUUAACGCGAUAACUUUUGAACGGAUGGUUGGAUUUGUCCCAGAUCUGAUGUGUUGAUACUCUACUUGGGGAUCAACAUUGUCAAGAUGGAUGAAUUCAAGAUGGACGGAUUUUAGAUGACUUUUGAACGGAUGGAUAUGUCCCAGAUUCGUUGUGUUAAUGUUCUAGGGCAGUGGUUC